AUGAUUGAAGAACUGCUGGCACUUCUGCACGCGCUUCUGGAGAGGCACCAAGCCCUGUGCAUCGAGAACCACCAGCUCCUGAAGCAGCUGCGACUGUUGGUGUGUGAGCGGGCCAGGCUGCUGCGCCAGGUAUGUCCGCCGAGCUGUCCAGUGCCCUACCCCUCACGGUUUAGCGGUGAGAGUGGCCGGCUCCCUGAGUUUAUCAUGCAGACCAUGUCUUACAUGCAUGUGAAUGAGGAGCACUUCUGCAACGACGCCAUGAAAGUGGCAUUCCUGAUCAGCCUCCUCUCCGGGGAAGCCGAGGAGUGGGUGAUGCCUUACAUCGAGUCAAAUAGCUACAUCCUUGGUAAUUAUCAGGCCUUUGUUGAUGAGAUGAAGCAGUAUUUUGGCUGGGCUACCGACGACGAAGAUGAUGAUGAUGACGAGGAUGAAGAAAUGGAGGAUGAUUAG